UAAGCACCGCUAGGUGAUGUGAUUUGUUGUAGACAAAGCCAAAACCAUCGGUACCACCAUUGUUUAUAGCGAACAAUACGGGUGUUUUUUCCUGCCUUUAACCAUUAUCAUAAAAGAAAAGAAUGCUUCAUCGGCGGGUCCAUUUUAAAUCCCAGUCCACUUUGGACUUUGACAGUAUUGCUGUCAGUAUUUCGGCGAGCACCAUGAAAAACGAACUCGACAAACUUGUACACAACUCCAAGGUGGCUGAUCGGCGGAUAUUCAAACUUCAGAUGGAAAACUUUUUUGCUCUGUAUCGGAGGUAUUUAUUGCAUACAGUGAAAGGAUAUGAAUGUGAUUGGGAUUCGAUUCGACCUCUGGGGCCUCAGGAUGUUACGGAUUACACGAGUUUAACUCCAUGUAAAGAAGAAUCACAGUAUUUGGACCGGGUAGCAGUAUUAAAAUUAAACGGUGGAAUGGGGAAUAGCAUGGGCGUAAAUAAGCCGAAAGCGUUAAUUGAGCUUCACGGCAGUCAAACGUUUCUUGACUUGAGUAUCCAACAAGUUGACUACUUAAACAAACGUUACGAAGUGGCAGUUCCUUUUCUAUUAAUGAAUUCUUGCGAUACAAAUGAUGAGACUUGUAAAUAUCUUCGAAAAUAUACCGGCUAUAACCUUGACAUAUCUACCUUUGAACAGUCGCGUUACCCACGUGUUUCCGUGGGUUCUCAGCUUCCCGUUCCAAAGUAUGCUCCUUCUCCCAUUGAGGAAUGGUAUCCACCUGGACAUGGAGAUGUUUUUGAAGCGCUUGUCCACUCUGGGAUUAUAGAUCGUUUGCUCGCACAAGGAAAGGAUUAUUUAUUCGUGAGCAACAUUGAUAAUCUCGGUGCAUCUGUUGAUCUCAGACUUCUUUCACACGUUAUAGAAAACGAAAUAGAAUAUGCGAUGGAAGUUACUGAUAAAACAAAAGCGGACGUUAAGGUUGGUAUCCUUGUUAAUCAGGACGGCAUUCUACGAUUAUUAGAACGGAACCAGGUGCCAGAAAAGCAUCAAGAAGAAUUUACAUCAGAUCGCAUUUUCAAAUAUAUUAAUACGAACAACGUUUGGCUUUAUUUACCAGCCGUGAAACGAGUAGUCGAAAAUCGAGAACUCAAUUUGGAUAUCAUGCCCAAUAUUGAAAUCAUCAACCGUAAUGAUGAAUCAACCAGGGUAAUUGAGUUUACAACUUCUAUUGGCUCCGCCAUUAGUCAAUUCAAAAAAACCGAAGGAAUAAAAGUCACCCGUGAAAGAUUUAUAUCCGUGAAAACGUCAGCGGAUUUGCUGCUUGUACGAGGUGAUUUAUAUUCCAUAGAUCAUGGAUCUCUAAAACCCGACGAAUCUAAGGUUGGAUUUUCUCCACCUGUUGUCAACUUGACUAAUGAAUUUACUGAUGUAGCAGAAUUGUUUCGCCGAAUACCCCACAUGCCCAGUAUUAAGGACUUAACCUCACUAUCCAUAUCGGGAAAUGUUUACUUUGGAAAAAAUGUUGUUUUGAAGGGCAAUGUUGUAAUUGUAGCAUCACCGAAUGCGACGUUGCAUAUCCCACCCAACGCUGUUUUAGAAAACUGUGUAGUAUCUGGGAACUGUAAAAUAAUGGACCAUUAACGCUCUUUUGCUGGUUGCAAAAACUCUCAUGUACGGAUUUUUUUUACGAUUAGAUAUGGAAUACUUUAAAUGGCUUUGUAAUACAUUUUCAUUUUCAGUGUAUGACCCAAACACCUCUCGUUACUAAGUUAUAACAAAUUUAUUAUCGUAGUAUAUAUUGACAUCUAAAUAUUCAGGAUAUCCUGCAAAAAAUAUACAAAUUGCUUUACAUAUGGUACGCUUCGAGAAACAUCGAUAUUAGUUUUCACUGUGGGGAUAAUUGAACAAUAAAGAUCCAGGGUUGGGAUUAUCCAGACCCUCUUCAAAGUUUAUGCAUUAAUAUCAGGCAACUUAUAGCAAUCGUGAACAGGAAUGUAGCAUUUAAUUUAGUUCAUAUUAUAAAUAACAAAAACGAC